ACCCAUCCGUUUAUGUACUUACAAAUUUUACUGCUUCAUCAUUUACUGGACGCAGAUAAUAUACAAAUAAAAUAUAUAACUUAAAAAUUAAACUCUUUCAUAAAAAUAAAUUUUAAUUUAAAAAAUGGCAGAUAAAACUGACAAAUCAAAAGUUGACUUGGGACUGCUUGAAGAAGAUGAUGAGUUUGAAGAAUUUCCAGCUGAAGAUUGGACUGCGAAGGACGAAGAUAAUAGUGAUAUUAGCGUGAGUGUAUGGGAAGAUAAUUGGGAUGAUGACGAUGUUGAAGACGACUUUAAUCAACAAUUGAGAGCACAACUGGAAAAACAAAAAACGCAAGCUGAAUUCUCAAAAGACGCUUAAUUAAAUAUAUAAGCCUACAGGAGAAAGGAAACUAUUUAAAUAGAUUACAGUUUUUUUUUAAAUAAUGUAUUUUCCUUUUAAAAAAUUCUCAUCAUUUAAAAAAAUAAAUUAAUUGUACAUGUUUAUAA